CUGUUAAUUUAUUGUCAUAGUGGUUGUCACGGAAGAUCUCAUAUAAUAUUGUUUCUCUGGUCACGUCUUAGUUUACCAGCUCACGUCAGCAUCAUGACUCGAUUUGCUGAAUACCUCAGUGAAAGCCAAAUGAAAGAACUGCGGGAAAUAGCGCAGGCGAUUGUCGCUCCUGGUAAAGGCAUUCUUGCGGCCGAUGAAAGCACUGCUACUAUGGGAAAGCGUCUCCAGAACAUUGGUGUAGAGAACACCGAAGAGCAUCGGCGGCAAUAUCGGCAACUACUAUUCUCCAGUAACCCCGAGGCUUCUAAAAAUAUUUCUGGCGUCAUCCUUUUCCACGAGACAUUGUAUCAGAAAACUGAUGAUGGUCGACCGCUGGUAGCGCUGCUGAAGGAGCGCAAUAUCAUUCCCGGGAUAAAGGUUGAUAAGGGAGUUGUUCCGCUUGCUGGAUCUUUGAAUGAAUGCACAACUCAAGGACUGGAUGGUUUGGCUGAACGAUGUGCCCAGUACAAAAAGGACGGUUGUCAUUUCGCCAAAUGGCGUUGCGUUCUUAAAAUCGGACCACAUACACCAUCCUAUCAGGCGAUGUUGGAGAACGCUAACGUACUAGCUCGCUACGCUUCGAUUUGUCAACAGAAUGGUCUUGUGCCUAUCGUGGAGCCUGAAGUACUCCCUGAUGGCGACCAUGACUUGGCUACUGCACAGAGAGUUACAGAAGAAGUUUUGUCAUUCGUGUACAAAGCCUUGGCAGACCAUCACGUUUACCUGGAGGGAACGCUGCUUAAGCCUAACAUGGUUACUGCGGGACAGGCCUGUCCGAAACGCUACACCCCUGAGCAAAAUGCUGUUGCAACUGUGGAGGCUUUACAGCGCACUGUCCCACCGGCGGUUGCUGGUGUGACUUUCUUGUCUGGUGGACAGUCAGAACUCGAUGCGACAAAGAACUUGAACGAAAUUAAUAAAGUUCCUGGUCGGAAGCCAUGGGCUCUUACUUUCAGCUUCGGUCGUGCACUACAAGCAUCGGUUUUGGAUGUCUGGAAGGGUAAGCCUGAGAAUGUGGCUGCCGCACAAGGAGAGUUCCUCAAGCUUGCGAAGGCAAACGGCGCUGCAGCCUUGGGACAGUUCACUGCAGACAUGGCCACGGCUGCAGGAGACAAGUCACUGUUCGUUGCAAACCAUGCAUACUAGAUUAUCUCUCACCUCCAUGAUGCCGAACUGACAUCGCGCAUUCUAUCCAUAAGUCCCCUUAGCCGAGCAGAUGUGCAAUCCACUAGUCACACAUAUUUCCAUCCACAUAUUGUUCGCUAACAUCCGCCCACUGCUAGUUGUUCGCGUUCUGAUAAUGAAUACGUACUUUAUCGUAUCAAGUUGAUUUUCCAAUUAAUGACAUUUGGGAUGAUGGUGUAAACAUCCUGUGUUCGGUUAGUUUGAGCUUUUCAAAGUAUCCAUUUUCAAUACAUCCCAUUCGUCCCUAA